AUGCCACACAGGGUUGCGAGCUUCUUCCGCUCGUCGAACGACAGCAUCAACAACAUCAAGGCACAAGUCCAGCGCCGCAGAAGCCCCAACUCCAGAUCGCCAGCCGGCACGCCGAGGCCAGGCUCGACGCGAACCGUCUCGUACGCCUCGUCCGUCGACGACGAGGGCGAGGAGCAAGCCCCGACCCAGGCCGGCCACGCUGCGCCGCCUGUCAGGAUGCCGGAAACGGCAAAAGAGAAGGAUGGUAUCCACCACCAUCGACUGAGUUUUCCCGGAUUGCACCUCGGCGGCCACAAGUCGAAAGACCAGGCGCAUCAGCACCCCAAUGCAUCGCUAGACUGGAAAAUCGAGUCGCCGCCCGCGGUUAUGUACGGCGACACGGAGAACAGCACCGGUGCAUUAGUCUCGGGUCAGUUGCAACUGGCGGUCAGAGAAGCCCCUUUCGAGGUCGAGAGCUUCGAGGCCCGCUUGAAUAUUCACGUCAUCCGCAAGCGUCCUUACAAGGAUCACUGCCACGACUGCGCCAACCAGGUGACCGAGUUGAAGAGCUGGAAGUUCCUUGCCGAGCCUACCGCCCUGACAAAGCGUCUCCACGAAUUCCCCUUUUCGACUCUGUUGGAGGGCCACCUUCCUGCAUCGACCGACAACUCCGUUGUCACGGUCCGCUAUGACUUUACAGCGGAGGUCAAGCCCAAGACUGGGCCGCUUCUCAAGCUUUCAAAGACUAUCAACGUGAAGCGGGCCUUGACGGUCCCCGAAAUGCCACACCACUCUGUUCGCAUUUUCCCGCCGACUAACAUCACCGCUUCCGUGCACUACCCCAACGUCAUCCACCCCAUCGGAAGCAACAAGCUCGAGCUGCGACUCGAGGGUAUUGUCAAGUCCAACCCCGAUGUCAAGACAGUUGAGUACUGGAAGCUCAAGCGCCUAUCCUGGAAGAUUGAGGAGCACCUCAACACCGUCUCCCCGGCAUGCAAGAAGCACUGUCCCAAGACUGAGACCGGUGAGUCAGCAAACAAGGGCUUGAAGCGAACCGAGGCCCGUACCAUUGGGUCUGGUGAUCUCAGCAGCGGGUGGAAGUCUGACUACACUCCCAACGGCAACGUUGAGAUGGAGCUCGAGUAUCAAGUCAACCCGGGUAACAAGGCAGUCUGCGACAUGAAGAGCAACGACGGCACCGAGGUUACCCAUCAAUUGGUGGUUGAGAUGGUGGUAGCUCAAGAGUAUGCACCUAUCAACCAACCGAAGCACGUCACACCCACAGGCGUGGCGCGGAUUCUGAGAAUGCACUUCGGCACAGUUGUGACAGAGCGAGGUGGCUUGGGAGUCAGCUGGGAUAACGAGGCACCCCCUAUCUACCAGGACGUACCACCCAGCCCACCCUCAUACCUCUGCGAAAUCCCCUACGAGGAAGUAGACGGGAUCAGCGACCUGGAAUGA